AUGGCGUCGGAUCUGCCAGCCCACUCUGUAGCGUCGCAGACGCUGGAAACUUACACGUUCCCCCACUCACGCCUCCGAUUAACCCAAUCCAAUCCCGACAGACAAGGCCUGAUACUGGUGGCACCGGGCUCCUACUCUCCCAUCACCCACUUGCAUCUUCGGAUGUUUGAGAUGGCUGCCGACUUUGCCAAGUUCAAUACGGAAUUCGAGCUUUUGGGGGGAUACAUAUCACCUGUGGGAGAUGCAUAUAAGAAGAAAGGCCUUGCCCCCGCCGGCGAUCGACUUCGGAUGUGCGAAUUAGCAGUCGACGAAACUAGCAAUUGGUUAAUGGUUGAUCCCUGGGAAGCGUUGCAUACAGAAUACAUGCCCACGGCGGUAGUUCUUGAUCACUUUGAGCAUGAGAUAAAUGAGGUAUUAGGCGGUGCGGUAAUGCCAGAUGGCACACACCGUCAUAUACAGAUUGCACUCCUCGCAGGAAGUGACUUGAUAAUGACGAUGGGUACUCCCGGGGUUUGGAGUGAGAAUGAUCUAGAGCACAUCCUGGGCCGUUACGGGGCGUUCUGCAUCGAGCGUUCAGGGACAGACACUGCAGAGGCUAUUUCGAGUCUUGAGAAGUUCAAGGACAACAUUUACGUGAUUCAGCAACUCAUAGCGAAUGAUGUGAGCAGUACGAAGAUCAGGUUAUUCUUGAGAAGAGAAAUGAGCGUGGCAUACCUUAUACCUUCUCCAGUUAUUCGAUACAUCGAGGAACAUGGACUCUAUAAAGACGACGCAGCGUCGAUCAAGGAAAAGGAGAAGUCGAAAGGCAAGGAAAUCUCGGGCCGAGCAUCUCCAGCCAUUUGCAGCUCUGAAUCAAAGAGCUAG